AUGGGACAGGUGGGAAUGCUCCUGCCCAGGAGUUGCUUUGGUUACCCCUUGAGCAUCUUCUUCAUCGUGGUCAAUGAGUUCUGUGAAAGAUUCUCCUACUAUGGAAUGAGAGCAAUCCUGAUUCUGUACUUCACAAAUUUCAUUGGCUGGGAUGACAACCUGUCCACGGCCAUCUACCACACAUUUGUCGCCCUGUGCUACCUGACGCCGAUUCUCGGAGCUCUUAUCGCCGACUCAUGGCUGGGGAAGUUUAAGACGAUUAUAUCAUUAUCCAUUGUCUACACAAUUGGACAAGGAAUCAUCUCAAUCAGCUCAAUUAACGACCUCACGGACUACAACCACGAGGGGACCCCCGACAGCCUCCCUGUGCAUGUGGCGCUGUCCAUGAUCGGCCUGGCCCUGAUAGCUCUUGGUACAGGAGGAAUCAAGCCCUGUGUGUCUGCAUUUGGCGGUGAUCAAUUUGAAGAGGGCCAGGAAAAGCAAAGAAACAGAUUUUUCUCCAUCUUUUAUUUGGCCAUUAAUGCUGGAAGUCUGUUGUCUACCAUCAUCACUCCCAUACUCAGGGUUCAACAAUGUGGAAUUCACAGUCAGCAAGCAUGUUACCCACUGGCAUUUGGGGUUCCUGCUGCUCUCAUGGCCGUCUCCCUAAUUGUAUUUGUCAUCGGCAGUAGAAUGUACAAAAAAUUCCAGCCACAGGGCAACAUCAUGGGUAAAGUGGUCAAAUGCAUUGGUUUUUCUAUCAAAAACAGGUUUAGGCACCGAAGUAAGGAAUUUCCCAAGAGAGAGCACUGGCUGGACUGGGCUAAGGAGAAAUAUGAUGAGCGGCUUAUCUCUCAAAUUAAGAUGGUUACGAGGGUGAUGUUCCUGUAUAUUCCGCUCCCGAUGUUCUGGGCCCUGUUUGAUCAGCAGGGCUCCCGGUGGACACUGCAAGCAACCACCAUGAACGGGAGAAUUGGAGUUAUUGAAAUUCAGCCGGAUCAGAUGCAGACUGUGAAUGCCAUCUUGAUUGUCAUCAUGGUCCCCAUCGUAGAUGCUGUGGUGUACCCUCUGAUUGCAAAAUGUGGCUUCAAUUUCACCUCCUUGAAGAAGAUGACAGUUGGGAUGUUCCUGGCUUCCAUGGCCUUUGUGGUGGCUGCAAUUGUGCAGGUGGAAAUUGAUAAAACUCUUCCAGUCUUCCCCCAAGGAAACGAAGUCCAAAUUAAAGUCUUGAAUAUAGGAAAUGAUAAUAUGACUAUAUCUUUUCCUGGAGAGAUGGUGACACUUGGCCAAAUGUCUCAAACCAAGGAAUAUAUGCCUUUUGAUGUAAACAAGCUGACAAGCAUCAACAUUUCUUCCACCGGGUCACCAGUCUCAACAGUAACUCAGGACUUUGAGAAGGGCCAUCGCUACACCCUUCUAGUGUGGGCACCUAGUCAGUACCGAGUGGUAAAGGAUGGGCUUAAUAAGAAGCCAGAAAAAGGAGAAAAUGGAAUCAGAUUUGUAAAUACUUUUAAUGAAGUUAUCAGCAUUACAAUGGAUGGGAGAGUUUUUGAAAACAUCACCAGUCACAAUGCCAGCGAAUAUCAGUUUUUCCCUUCUGGCAAAAAAACCAUCAUAGUGAACUCAACAGAGAUUUCACAAGACUGUACACAAAAUUUUGAAUCUUCCAACCUUGAAUUUGGUAGCGCUUAUACAUAUGUGAUCAAAAGGGAGGGUAAUGGCUGCCCCAAACUGGAGGAGUUUGAAGAUAUUCCACCCAACACAGUUAACAUGGCUCUGCAAAUCCCGCAGUAUUUUCUUCUCACCUGUGGCGAGGUGGUCUUCUCCAUUACAGGACUGGAGUUCUCAUAUUCACAGGCUCCUUCCAACAUGAAGUCGGUGCUCCAAGCAGGAUGGCUGCUGACAGUGGCUUUCGGCAACAUCAUUGUGCUUAUUGUGGCAGGGGCAGGCCACUUCAGCGAGCAGUGGGCUGAGUACAUUCUGUUUGCUGCGCUGCUUCUGGUCGUCUGUGUGAUAUUUGCCAUCAUGGCUAAAUUCUACACCUACAUCAAUCCAGUGGAGGUCGAGGCUCAGUUUGAUGAGGAUGAAAAGAAAAAGGAUGCAGAAAAGAAUGACCUGUACCCCACACUGGGGCCUGUCUCACAGACACAGAUGUGA